AUGCCUUGUAAUUGGUAUCAAUGCAAUGGACAACAUGUACAACUUCGAACAAUAUUGAUGGAUAAUCAACGAGUUCGUUUUCUUACACCUUCUUCUCAUCAUUUGACAUCUAGUCCGCUAAUUAUAAUUGAUACUCAACGACCGUCGCCGUCACCUCCUUGUCAUCUAUCAGAAAUUAAUGCUGAUCCUCAAUUGGAAAAUGAAUACAACGAAUGGUUGGAAGCCCAUCGAGAAAACAUCAUGGAACAACAACAAAUCUAG